AUGUUUCAUUUGCCUUGCGAUGGACCAUUUGGAUGUUUCGAUUAUUAUUCCUAUCAAAUAAUUGCAAUUGAUGAGGCUCGUAAUAAUGUCAUACAAUCUGAUAUCGAUGGCACAAAUAUAAUACGAUUUCGAUUGCCGAGUCAGCUUAACAAUGAACAUUUUUGUUGGAUUAAAAUUUAUUACGUAAAUGGGUAAGGGAUUCAUUUUGAAGAAAAAAAAAUGGAAUUUUUGCAGAGAACAAUAAUAUUUUUUCAGAAGAUUCAUCUUGGGAUUAUUAAAAAGCCAUGUGGACAAAUCCUUUCAUCUCAUAACAGUUCGAUUGAAUCAUGAAGAUGAAUCGUGCACAAUUAUUCGACAAGUUCAAACGGGUAUUUCAUCACACGGGUUACGAGUUAGUUUCGUUCUGAUUUUUUACUUUAAUUUUUUCGAACCUUCAAAAUUAAUUCAUUCUUUUUCCAGGUGGAAGCGCAUAGAUCAAUGAGUCAAUUUGUUUUUAGUAUUUGCAACACAAAAAUGAUGGCAAAGCGGAAAAUUCAGAGAAAUUGUGAUCGACAAUCCUUUAUGAAACAAUUAAAAGGUGAACAGAACACAAGGAAAAGUGAUGAAGAUGAAAAAAGUUCGGAUAGUUCAUCAGCUGGAAUCACACCGGAAGAUAUGCCAAAGAAGAAACAUACAGUGAGUGAGGGAAAACCAGAUUUUUUAAAAUUUGAUUUCAAAUAAAUCAAUCAGAAAAAUAUUCCAGAACAUAAUGGAAAGUGUGUUGCUUCUGGUGAAAACUGAAUCAAAUGGUGAAAUCAUCCCAACAAUUUUGUCCACUGGAAGAAGAAGAUAUGGCAUCAAAAUGCAUAGAACUCGGAGUAUCAGACAAUUAAAUCGAACAUUCAGCACAAAAUUUAUGACAAGAUGGCAAACGUUAUCACCAAUUGAUGAAGCUUGUGAACCAUUCCUUUGGGGCAAUAACGCUUGUGUGAUUCCGAAAAAUGAUACCAGUGUUUUCUAUGUAGCUCAUACUAUUUUAAAUCCAAAAAGUGGACUGAUUGCAUCACUUAUGUAUAAACUCAGUCAUCGUUUCAGGUAUAUUAUUAUUAUUAUUUUUUUUUUUUUUUGAAAAAAAAUUGAAGAUGAAUUUAUUUUUAGAACUCAUACACCGGUCACUGAGCCAGUGCAAAAUAAGAUUAGAGGACAAGGGCCGCCGAGUAAACAAAUUUGGAGCAAUAUUGAUAUUAUUCAAGGCUGUCCCACAUUUUUGACUAUGGUAAGAAAAACACAAAACACAAAAAGAAAAAUUUUCAAAUUGUAGAACCCAAAAACUAUGCGAAUCAAAAGAUGGCAGAUUUUACGAGAUAAUUUUGGAAAAUAUGACUGGAAGACGGAUGAGAUUGAUAUUGCGGCGCCGGAAGAUACAGAUAGAAUAAUGUUCCGGUGCAAUGCGGAAAAUGUGACACCGCUUGAGUUUACAAUUAGAUUUCAAAGAAAAAAAUCCGAUGGUCAAUCGACUUUUCAUAAUAUUUCGGUUCCAAGAAUUGUUGUGGAAAAUGAUUGUUAG